AUGGCUGACGAUUUGGAUGACGAGCUUUUGGCUCUGGCUGGUGGCUCAGAUGAAGAACACUCCCCUCCCCCAGAGGAUAAAGAUGACUCCCCAGCACACUCUCGCUCCUCCCGAUCACCACAUCACUCUCCAAUGGGUCGCAAAGGCACUGCCAAGCCGGUUCGCCGACCCCGGAAGUCCGUGAGAGAUGAUGAAGAAGAUGGUGAAGUAUCCGAUGCGGAGUCUCACAACUCACUUGAAUCAGCCCCUAUGUCCGAGUCUGACUCGGAAGCCGGGGAAGGCUCCGAUGAAGAAGACCGCCCUAUUUUCCCCUACGAUAAGCUCUACUACUCUGGGAAAGAAAAGCAAGAAAUUAUGGCAAUGCCCGAGAUCCAACGAGAGGAGUUGCUAUCCGAGCGUGCCCAACAGGUCGAUCGACACAACCAGGAUCUCGCCCUGCGUCGACUGCUAGCUUCGCGUGAGCGGGAGGAAAAGCGUGCUGCGGCUAAGCAGGCCAAGCGCAAGGCCGGCUCGGCAGGUCUCGAUGAAAAUCAGCGCAAGAGUUCUCGCCAGAAGACUACUCUUGGUGGCCGCAAAGUAGGAGAGACCUCUGCCGCCAUCGAUGCUUACAAGCGACAACGUGAACAGAAGGGCAAGCGCGAUGAGUUGCGUCGCCGUGACCCCACAUCUUCCCGUCGUCGAUCCCGUUCUCCUGGCUCCGAUAUGUCAGAUGAAGAUGGUGAGGCUGAAAGUGACCUUGAGUUGGAUGACCGCGUUGGUCGUUCUCCUUCGAUACCGAAGGACGACCCUCCUGCCGAUCUUCGGGACAUUAACCGUGCUCGUGUGGGCCGCACCAACUUUGCUCAGGUCUGUUUCUACCCUGGAUUUGAACAGGCCAUCACCGGCUGCUAUGCUCGUGUCAACAUUGGGCCCAACUCUGAGACCGGCCAAAAUGAUUACCGUCUUUGCUUGAUUGAAGGAUUUAACAAAGGCAAGCCUUAUGCCAUUGAGGGAUCUAAUGGCCGUCCAUUUGUCACUGAUCAGUACGCCAAGCUGGCCCACGGCAAGGCUGUGCGAGACUUCCCCUUCAUUGCUUGCUCGGACUCUGCAAUUACAGAGUCAGAGUACAGCCGUUAUCGAAAGACCAUGGCCGUUGAGGAUGUUAAGCUGGCCACUCAGAGCAAGCUGGCCAGCAAGGUCGCCGAUAUCAACCGGCUGAUCAACCACCAGUUUACCGCCGAAGAAUUGUCUGAGAAGCUCCGCCGACAAGGUGCCUUGGAUCAGAAGAGAAAUGUUCGCAAACGUUUUGACCUGGAGAAAGAUUUGCAGUUUGCCAAGACUAAUGGCAAUGAAGAAGAAAUCGAGAGGCUGCAGAAGGAACUUGAUGCCAUCGUCAAUCCUAACCUCUCAUGGGGUACCACCAUGAACAAGCCAAUUGUCGAAAAGGGAUUGAGUGAAGCCGAGCGCGUUCACAUCAUCAACGUGCGAAACCAGAAGCUCAACUACGAGAACGUGCGCCGUGCUCAACUGGAGGAGCGCAAGGCUGCUCGAAAGGCCGCUGCCGCUGUGGCUCGUGGUGAGGCCGUUGCUGAUCCGUUCAUGCGUGUGCGCACUAUAGCCAAGACCCACCACGACCUUUCUGAUAAACCACAAGAUGCGCCCAAGGCCGAACCUACCACCACCGACAUCAAGGAUAUCAAGCCUGCCACAGCCAGCCCUAAGAUCUCAACUCCCAACCCUGGUCUUACUCCAAAGAAGAAGGGUGGCUUCAUGAUCAGCUACCGCAACACCGACGAUGAGAACAUCGCUGCUCUGGAUAUGGAUAUCGACAUUGAUAUUUAG